GUAUAUCUCGGGUACUACCUGUACAUUGCAAUGGAAUCGCUGCUUUGUUUAUUUCUAAUUACAAUGUUCGAUGUAUGUCCGAAUUGGUGAAUCUCCUAAAAUCAAGCACAAAAAUAUUCGGUCUUCGUUUGAUACCGAGAAUUGUAUUGUUUUCAUACGUUUGAAGCUACCAAGGCAAUAAUGGGUCUUCGAUGCAGCAUCAUGGUUCAAUUAUAAAAAUUGAUAAUUCAAUGUUUGUGCUGCAGAAUAUGACUAGAAAACAUGUUAUUGAAUGCGAUAAAUUAAGCACCGCAUGACAUAGCGAUCUAAAAAAUUGGGCGAAUGUGCCCAUUGACAAUUAGUGCGGAAAGUUAAGUGAAUAAUGUGAUAAGAUACUGUAAAAUAAUAAAAAACGCCCUUUAAAAGAAAGCCCUGUUAUAAUCCAGUUUCUAUUGGGUUAAUUAUGUAUCCUUCAGUGAGUUUAAAAUCGCCUGAAAACACGGUCUGGUUACCAACUGGAGUGUGCUUAACCGUGCUAAAGGUGAAAGUUAGCUGGCGCGUCCUCUUUAGAUGCAGCACCAUGCAAAUGUAAUGAAGAAGAAGUAUAAUCGAUAUUGGAUAAGUGAUUAGACAUACUAAAUAAAUAUCGGUGUUUGCUUGUGUAAACAUGCUAGAUAGCCUGAGAGUCGUGAUAAAAUAUCAACCAUCGUAAAAUAUGGAAUGGUGUAAAUGCUGCUGUAACAUAAUCAAACCAAUCUUACAGAUUGUAGAGAUCCUGUACAACGGUCUAUUUAACUAGUGAAUAUAGUUGUGCAUUCUAUUGUAAAUGUGUGUUAAGUGUUAAAAGAUAUAACUUCGUCAUUUUCGAAUAUCGAGUGUAUGUAAUUGGAGCAACAAUUAUAAUAAAAUGCAGGUCGCAAGUCUUGAAAUGAUUCACACCCAUUUUGGACCGGCUUCCGUCGACAAUUACCAGCCACAAACGCUCUAUCAGCAGCAACAAAAGCGAAAGCAACAGGAGCAACAGCAUCAACCCUCACAACAACAGCAGCAGAAACAACAAGAUCAGCUGCAUCCGCAGCAGGAGGAGCAGCAACAGCAGGAGCAGCAGCAACAACAGGAGCAGCAGCAACAGCAUGAGCAGCAGCAGCAGCAACAGCAACAGCAGAAGCAGCAACAACAGGAGGAAGAACACCACCAUAGUCAGCAGCAGCAGCAGCAACAAAAACAACAAGAAGAAGAACAACAACAAAAUCAACAACAACAACAACACAUUUCUACAAUUAUUUGCAACCCCCCACCAUCAAUAAUUAGUACUUCAAAUGGAACAACAAUGUGCGUUGCCAAACUUAUGAUUGGGCUGGAUCAUGCGCCACCAGCAUUUAAUGUACGAUCGCGCGUCCUGGGUGAUGGAGGCACAAAUUUAAACUACAUACGUACUGAAACUGGUGCUAUAGUAACACUAAGAGGUCGGGGAUCAUUGAAUCUUGAACCACAAACUAUGCAAGAAGCUCCAGAACCACUGCAUUUGUUUAUUGAACAUCCGUUGUUGGAUGGUUUGCAGAAUGCUAAGCAGUUGGCAAAAAAUUUGAUCGAAACUUUGCAAGAAGAGCUCAGCUUUUUUCAGGAGAACACUAUACCUAAAGCUAAUUUUCGGUUAAUGCCCCAGCCAAGCAUAGUUCAAACAAACCAAGUUGCACAAAUGCCUCCAAUCAUAAGAACGCAACAUGUUACACAACCCAAUGGUAUUAUUCAUCAACCACCACCAACAGUUCUUGGUCCGCCACUACCAAGCUUUGUGCAGCAUCCUCCUGCUUUGCAGCAAAGUCAACCCCCUCCACCGCAAAUAAUUCAGCAGCCUCCAACAAUUAUACAAUCACAUGUGCCAUUACAAAUUCAUCAGCAGCCGAGUAAUGUAGUAAUCUCACAAAUCCAGACCACAGCGCCCCAGUCACAAAUUCCAAAUGUAAGCAACCCUCCUCCGGGGACGCAAAUACGACCUAUUGUGCAGAUAAAAAACACCCCUGCUGGCACUCAUUUGACCCAACCACCUCCAAGUAUACAAAUUCAACAGGCACCUCCUGAGGCUGCGCAGCAAAUAAUAGUAAACCCUGCCCCACCAUACCAAGUACAAUACAUACAGCAGAAUCCAUCCCUUCAAACUGCCAGUGGUCCUCAUUCGAGUGGACAGGUCACGAUUCAGCAUCUCAUUCAGCCCCAGUCACAGCCUGUCCAAGGCAUUGUACAGACAACAAUACCACCGCCUCAAUUUGAUCACUUUCAAAGACCACCACAAACCCAACAGAUAAUCACCGUCCAAGGAAGUACAGCGUUCAUGGUUCCGCCGCCAAAUAUUAUUCAUCAGACAGCACCACAAACACCAAACCAAAUAAUUUUUCAAACACAGCAACCAAUUCUAACGCAUCCUCCACCGGAGUUGACUCCACUGGGACCACAAGCAGGAAUAAUUUUAAAUGGGGCUGAAGCGAAAAAAGUUGUUGGCUCUACUGAGAUAAAAAUCAAGCCAGAACCGAUGAAGCUCGAUGACGGUCCUUCGACCGGAGCCAUCCUUCAGCAAAUUCCAACCAAUAGCCAACUAGCAAAAACAACUGUGAUUCCCGUAUCUUCAAUAGCGGGUAUACCAAUUAGCCAGCCGCCUCCACCAAUCAUGUCUGUGCCUCCUCCUACUGUGCAACAUAUAGUCGGCAAUACAAUCAUUACUUCGCAGCCGAAUCCACCAAUUAGUCAUGGCGGGAUAUCGCAACAAAUAUUUAGUCAAAUUCCGGUAUCGAUUCAAUCUUUUACUCCCGCGACACCCCCACAACAAUUGCAAGUUAGCGGGUCCCAUUUUGUUGUAAGUGCUCCACAAGCAUGGCCUGUGGUAACUGCUUCGGCAGCAGGACAACAAAUACAGCAAUUACCAGUCAGUACGGUGCCUAGUAUUCAAAUUACUACACAACCCAUGCGAAACCCUAAUGAAAUUCAUAUCAUAAGUCAACCUACGAUUAUAAGUGCAGCAGAAUAUCGCCCGCCUGCAUCUCAACAACAGCAAAUAAUAGCUAACAGUUCAUUUAACCCUCAAAUACAGCCACCUCAGGGAGUACAAGUACAAUUUCACACGGUUCCGCCUCCUCCUCAGCAAAUCAUUACCAGCCUGGGCAAUGCACAGAUUCAACAUCCACCGCAAGCACCACAGUCGCAGCUGAUAGAAAACCAACGCGCACCUCAGCAUCAAAUUAUUAUAAAUGCCUCUAUUCCUCCGCAGCCACCUCCACCACCACCUUUCACAGCUCUACAAUACUCUGCGCAAGAAGUUUCAAAGGUAUUUCCCGAAUGCUCUAAAUAUUGUUAUUUUGUAAACGCUGAUCAAUACUUUGAAUGCUGUAUAAGUUUCAAUUACUGGAUUUCGAACAAAGUGAAUAUACAUAUCUUGUGGGAUUCUUCUUCUUUUGGCUCAACAACCGUUGUCGGUCAAGGCCUGCCUGUACCUCUUGUGGGGUUGGCUUUCAGUGACUUAUUGAUUUCCCUCCAUAGCAGGAUAGUCAGUCCUACGUAUGGUGGCACGGUCUUCUUCAUCUUCUUCUUCUUCUUGUGAUAUGUGACAGGUUUCAGCCCCCUAUGACGUUGCUGUAAUAAUCAGGGACAUGCUGUCAUUGAGGAUUAGACCUAUAUCUAUUUCCCUCUUUUCUGUUGCCGGGUUUCCCAGAUCGUUAUCACCGGUAUACUUUUACCCUAUUUACUCUUUAGUUUUUCCAUUUGGUGUUCUUUUUUUCAUCUUUCCUAUUUUUUCCUUCAUUUCUUCUUUUUGCAAUCGCAUUUGUCCAAUAACUUUUCAAUUCUUUGUUAUACAUUAUGUAUUGUGGUGAUUAUUUUCUGAUUUAAAAGUCGGUUGGUAUCUCCAAUCGCUCACCGGUCUGUAUUGCUAGUUGUUUGUAUUGUUGUUCUGUCUAUUUUUUUUUAUUUUUUUUUUAUUACUUUUACUAUAACAAAUUAUUACUAUUUUUUAUGAUGUCAAAAAACGAGGAGCGAGAAAGCCCUCGUUUUGUUUUAAAAAUCCUGAAGAGGCUUUCUAGUUUCGUCUUUUUUUUUAAAUAUAUCUUAAUAUAUUAUAUCCCAAAAGUCCAUUUCUUCUCUAGAAAGAGGUUUUGAGAUAAGACUCUGCCCAUAUCUUGCACCCAUGACGGACAUUUUGUUAAGUCGUACGAGUUGACGACUGUACUACGAGACCAGCUUAGGUGGGAUUAUCCACCCAGUCAGACAAAUCGGGCUUAAUUUACCCCUAUCUUACCGCUAAAUUACCGGUAAUUUAAGAGUAAUUUAAUGGUAAAUUAGCAGUCGUUAAUUUACCCAUUCGAGCAGUUUUGACAGAUCCUAUUCCUUCCUCUAUUUUGUUUUUAUUUUUUUCGGCUAAAUUGUUAAUAAAUAACACGAAAUUUAUUAUAUUACAGUUUAAUGGUUAUAUUCAAUCAUUUUCCUUAACUUUUACAAACGAUUACAAUGAAUUUUUUAUAGCAAACUCGACUUGAACAGCCGCUUCACCCGGAGAAGGUGGUGCACAAAUAGCACUAAUAAACACUAUUUCUCGGCUGUUUUUUUACAUUUUACAGUUUUAAACACACCGCCGAGAUCUUCUUCCACUAAAAUAUCAUUAAAACAAUACUCUUUUUGUUCUAAUUUAUAUCUUUUUACUGACAACAAACGACAACACUUCGUACCGCUAAAUUGCUCUUAAAUUACUGUUAUGACAGACACAAAACUGCUCGAAUGGGUAAAUUAACAGAAGGCUGUCUGACUGGGCAGUGCAAUUUGACGUCUAAAAGGAUGACAGGUCCAUACAAAACCAAUCUGUUUUGCGUGUGAACCGUAUUAAUACGCAAUCUCAGAUUGCGCAUAUAUUCGUUUUAUCAAAACAUAAGUCAUUUCGCGUAGCCAACCCUGAGCUAUAAACGUCAUUUCCAUACAUUUUCAGAUUGCGCCAAGAUUGCGCAUAAAUUUUCAAGAUUAUACAGUGGAGCGCCGUUUAUCCGGGCUUCUCGGGACUUGACCUCGACCGGAUAAGCGAAUAACACGGAUAAUAAAUCAAAUGAUAUAUUUUUUCAUCAAUUUCUGAUUAGUUCUUUAAAAAAUUCCUAUUUUUUGAUAAAAAUAACCCAGUUUUUAUUAACUUCAUGUUUUUCCCAUGAGAAUAUUUGAAAUUUGCCAUGAAUUAUAGUUUUUUUUGUUAUGAUAAUGUGCUCUUAUAACCGCUUUUUUAAAUACCAUCCUCAUAACGCAAUGUCACCUUUGUAUUGAACUGUCAUUUCUCAACAGCACGGAUAAACGGAAAGCCGGAUAAAAGGUACCCGGAUAAACGGCGCUCCACUGUAUGUCGGAGAUAUAUAAUUUUUUUUUGACAGAUAAAUAUAUCAAACCGACCCUUUUGACAGAUAAAUAUAUGCGCAAUCUGAGAUUGCGCAUCGUCUAUUGCUACGGUGAAUACAGGGUGUAUAUACAGGGUGUUCGAGAUAAAUUUGACAGUUUCUGAGGGAAUAGGAAAGGAAUUUUUAUCAAAUUUAUGUUAAAUAUUAAAAAAAAAUAUUUUUCUACAAAGUUUAGCUUACCAUGUUUGCCGCAUUUUUUUAUUCGAAAUACCGCCCCCUCCGCGUCGAUGGCCGCCUGCACCGGCUUCCGGAACCGCGCGCAAGCCCGGACAACCAUGUCUCUGGGGAUGGCCGCAAACACGGCCUUUAUUCUGGCCACCAGCUCCGCUUUGGUAUUGCAGGACGCCCUGUUGGUGUCCCGCUCAACUGUGCCUCACACAAAGUAAUCCAUAGGAUUAAGGUCAGGGGAGCUGGGUGGCCAAACUUCGGUGCUGGUGUAUCGGUCGAAAUUGGCAGUGAGCCAUUGGCGUGUUUUUACGGCCGUAUGGCAUGGUGAAGAAUCCUUCUGCCAAACGUACGGCCGCCCAUCGGCCACCGUAUUGUUUUUACGGUGUUCAGCGAACACAUCGCCGCCUUCCGAAUUUCGGCAUUCGUAUGGUCGGCACGAACCAUCAUAACACACGUUACGCGCUUGUACAGUUCGGACGGGUUCCACAUAUUUAAGGAGCUAGACAUUUUUUACACUUGUUCGCACAACUUUUAGCAAUCGAAUGACAUAUUAAUCAUUUCGAUACGUCAACUCAACCCUGAGAUAUAAACCCAAAGGCCAGGUGUCAAAUUUAGCCCGCUUAGCUUAUAUGAGGCUAACAUAAUUUAAUAUACGUUAUUGGGGCCCUUUACAAUUCUAGUCAGCUGUUUUAUAUGUAGUUUGAUAGUUGGAGGCUGAAAUCAUGUAAACACUCCAUACAAAACCACACACAAAUCUAGCCUGCGAUUUUCAGCCUAGAUUAUUCUAGCCUCUGAGCUAGAAUUAGAUUAGACUACCUGUUCGAAAAAAAUGCAAAACAAGGCGGUGUUUUCAUUCAUUCCAAGGUGCAUUAAGCAGAUCAGGUGGUGGAAUCUAGAAUCAAAGUGUAUGUUGUCCAGGUGGUCUCAUGGCAUGGUUUUUAUAACCAAAUUUGAACGUCACUUUUUGCCAGUACGGGCGAAAACUUUUCUCAAACAGGCUUUGGUAGCUUGACGAAUACACAAAACACUCUUAAAAUCUUCUUCAGAAGCAGAAGCAAUAAAAAUCAGCCUUCAAAAUACAUUCACCUUGGGAUAAGCCCAGCUGUGUACUAUACCCACUUAGAUAGCUGCUCGAAAACUGCUAUACAAUGCAAACAGCUGACAGGCUGAAAUUUCAGCCUACGAACUUAAAACGGAAAAGGGCCCUAAUUUAGAAAGCCGCAUAAGAGUAAGUAUAAGUAUAAGAAACCGUGUAUCUCUGGAAGUACCUGUAUACAUUCCAUGGAAUAUAUUUGUAGUUCAUGGAAAUUAACAGUAAGGCCGCAAAUACACGACGCGCGUUUCCGCGGCGCGUAUAACAGUUCCACAGAGAUAUCCAGCAUGAGCAUCUCUGCCCCAAGUGACAUUUGCUCGAAAUUGUUUUACCAUAUCUGCUCGAUUAGUACUCGAUACGCCUGAAAUUGUGGAUUUGUGUGUGAUCAAGUGUGUUAAAAGCGCCAAGAUUUGGUGUGAUCGUAAAUUAGACGUUCCUCUAUCGAUGGACGAUGCCGUCGAGCUCAUUUUUCAUUCAUAGCUAUGGUUUUUUGGUGAAAAACAAAAGCUAAUUUUAUGUGACGUUAUUCUAUAAAAAUGGGUAUUAUUUAAGUAUAAAAUGGGUACAUGACCAACUAUAACGAUAGGAAAUAUCGUUUCCGAGCGAAUCUAGAAGAAAGUAACGAAAAAGUCGCAUCACAUUUGAUUUUAAAGGACUUUUUCUAAAUUCCCUUAAACUGGUGCAGUUUAAGCGAAGUUUAAGGCUCCAGUUUAAGGGAAUUUGCUCGAAUUCCCGAUUAUUCGUGCUAUAAAAUGUCAGUUGGGGCGUUAUCGCGGUAGCGCGUUCGAAUGACAUUUCAUUUCUAUGGCUGGAAACGCGCGUCGUGUAUUUGCGGCCUAAAAUGAAUAAUGAUAUAAUCGAUAAUUAUUGUUUAGUUAAUGUUAUGAAGGAUUAUUAUUUAAUUGCCUGUUAUCGUUGUACUAAUCUUACAUUUUUUC